GGCUGCCGGAAAGAUGCCAAGACCCUGCCAAGGAAUUUCCGGCAAUCGGCGGUCCGGCCCAUCUCUUGUCGGCUCAAUUUUUUGAAGUUGGCGGCGCCGUCGUUAUCGACGGGACCUGGACGGUUCGUUAUCCAUCGAUUGAUCUCCAUCUCCAUCCGUGUUACGGCAUCCGACAACUUUCCCCCCAAAGUACCUCUGCAUCCGCGACGCAGACACCCAUCUGCCCACCCAGUCCAUUGCUAGCCACUUCGGGGGCCAGCUCCUCCUUCACAUAUAGUCACAAUGGCCUACCGUCUCAUCACCCAAGUGGUCGUCGUCGGCUCGCGCGUGCUCGGCCGCGCCUUCGCCGAGGCCUACAAGCAAGCGGCCGCCUCCUCGCAGUACCAGCGUGCGCAGCAAAAGAACGGUAACGCUGCUACCGGACGCGCCAGCCUGACCAGCGGCAUGACCCUCGACGAGGCGUGCAAGAUUCUCAAUGUCAACAAGCCUGCGGACGGCACAGCGGCCAACAUGGAGGAGGUGAUGGAGCGGUUCAAGCGCCUGUUUGACGCCAACGACCCGGAGAAGGGCGGCUCUUUCUACCUGCAGAGCAAGGUCGUGCGGGCGCGCGAGCGCCUCGAGGCUGAGAUUAAGCCCAAGAUGGAGGAGAAGCAGGCCGAGGAGGAGGUCAAAGAAGGGUGGAACCCGAAGAUUUACAAGGAUCGGUGAUCGUCACGCGGCAUGACCGACAGAACACGUCUUGAGAACUGGAGAUGAAAAUUCGAUUCGGAAAGGACGGCGGCGGCGGCGGCGGAGAUGGUGGUGGUGGUAGCGGCGGCUUGGUGAUGUUGGGGGUUGGGGACGCUGCACAUAUUCGGCAUGC